GUCAACCCAAAAGAUUUCAUUUUCCAGUUGGAUAUCAUUGUAAAACUAUAUAUAGUGCAACCUAAUUCAGCCGCUUUACACCACCAAGCUCCGCCGCCUGCAAUUCUCUUUCUUCCGCCGUACUCAAUAGAUGGCUAGAUGGGAUCAAAUUCUUUCCCUUCCUGUUCAGAGCCCCCCGACUUUGGAGUUUUCUUCUGCUGAACUUGUGUGGUCUAAGGUAGAAGGUUGGCGUGAUAACAUAGACAGAGUUGCUCUCAUUCCGUUCGCUAGAGUAGAUGACUUUGUUAGGGGUGAAUCUGCUAAUAAAGAAUGUCCAACAAGAUUUCAUGUUGAAGCUCGGAGACGUCGGCCUGCGGAGACGACUUACAAGCCUAAAGUUGAUGGCAUCCUUGAAUAUAUUCUGUACUGGUGCUCAUUUGGCCCUGAUGACCAUAGAAAGGGUGGAAUCGUUCGGCCGAGUAGAAACACAUACGUUCCUAAGAAAAAACCUUCAGGUCGACCUAAUACAAAGAGGGGAUGCACCUGCCACUUUAUUGUCAAACGCUUAAUUGCUGAACCAUCUGUAGCACUUAUCAUCUAUAACCAAGAUAAGCAUGUGGAUAAGAAAGGAUUACCAUGCCAUGGCCCACAGGACAAAAAGUCUGCUGGAACACGCGCCAUGUAUGCUCCAUACAUCUCAGAGGAUCUUCGUCUCCGUAUUAUGUCCCUGCUCUAUGUUGGGGUGUCUGUGGAAACAAUCAUGCAGAGACACAAUGAAUCAGUGGAGAAACAAGGAGGUCCGUGCAACCGAGAUGACCUUUUAACUCACAGGUAUGUUCGGCGACAAGAGAGGAGCAUACGCCGCUCUACUUAUGAACUCGACACAGACGAUGCAGUCAGCGUUAGUAUGUGGGUUGAAAAUCACCAGAAUCAAGUGUUCUUUUAUGAGAAUUUCUCUGAUUCCGACCCUUUUAUUUUGGGCAUUCAAACAGAAUGGCAGUUGCAACAACUGAUUCGAUUCGGUAAUCACGGCCUGCUGGUCUCUGAUUCAAAGUUUGGAACUAAUAAAUUAAAGUAUCCUAUUCACAGUCUUGUUGUGUUCAACUCAGACAACAAGGCUAUACCGGUGGCAUGGAUAAUAACACCUAGAUGUGCAAGUGGAGAUACACUUAGAUGGAUGAGGGCACUAUAUAACAGAGUUCAUAUGAAAGAUCCUAAGUGGAAGUUGGCUGGAUUCAUUGUGGAUGAUCCUUUAGCCGACAUCCUUGCCAUCAGGGAAGUGUUUCAGUGUUCUGUAUUGAUAUGCUUUUGGCGGGUUCGUCGUGCAUGGCAUAAGAGUUUGAUUAAGAAAUGCUCAGAACUGGAGACCUGUGCUGCAAUUGCAAAGAGGCUCGGCCAGGCAGUGCAUCGCAUCUGCAAAGGGGAUGGAACUGCUGAUUUGUUUGAAGAAUUUAUGGAAGAUUUUGUGGAUGUUGCAGACUUUUUGGACUAUUUCAAGGCCAUAUGGUACCCGAGACUAGGGCUGUGGACUAGUGCACUGAGAACUCUUCCUCUUGCCAGCCAGGAGACAUGCUCAUCAAUGGAGUACUAUCACAACCAAUUAAAGCUUAGGUUAUUGAAUGAGAAGGAUAAAAGUGUAUAUCAACGUGCUGAUUGGCUUGUAGAUAAGCUAGGUACUACAGUGCAUUCUUACUUCUGGCUUGAUGAGUACUCAGGGAAGGAUGAUUUUGCACGAUACUGGAAGGAUGAAUGGAUGAGUGGCUUAACAGCUUGGCAGAAAUCUUUGCAGAUCCCAGAUUCGGAUGUGUUAGUUGAGGGUGAAUAUUCAAAAGUUGUUGAUCAGGAAGAUCGACAUCAAGUGCAUGUUAUUUGGAAUCCAGCUUCCGAGUAUGCACUUUGUGAUUGUAAUUGGGCAAAAAUGGGGAAUUUAUGCGAGCAUAUUCUCAAAAGCAUUAAAUAUCUACGCGACAAAGGGUCUAUUACUCCAUCCGUCAGUAUGUUCCAAUAUAUGCAAGCUCUGGUUGAUAUGUUACACUGCCCACCUCAUGAUUCUUUGAUUCGUGAUCAUGCACUUUCUCUAGCUGUCUGGGUGCAGAAGCAGUUGAAUGCUCAACUUGGUCCUGGAAGUGGCCAGUCGAAGCGACAAGCUCUUCAGCUGACUGCUAGCACACGUGGUGUGGAGUUGGUGAAUGCAAGCAAUAGAACACACACAUUAACCGAUGCGGUAGAUGAUCUGGCUGAGCUACAGCAUUCGAGUUCUGCCACAGGUAAUUUGAGUAGUCGCCAGGUUGAUCGGGUAGCUACUGAAAAUGGCACUCUCACAGAUAUGAGUCAUGCUGUGGGACAUCCUUCUGUUGAGAUGCAAACUAGCCCAUUAUCCAUCUCCGCUUGUGCGAGUCAAUUGUUUUCUCUUGAUGGGAUCACAUCAGCCAAUGUGUUUUCCGAUAACGGAGGUGUCAUGAUUGGUGAGGAACUGGAUAUAACAAAGAAUCUUCCUUGUACAGACACAUCAUUUGCAAAUUUAGACGGUUUUCAAGACGGAGGACUUGGACAAAGCUGAUUGUGCAACCAGCAGAAUGAUGUAUGUUGGAACUCCAGCUGAUCCACUAUUGUUGGAGUCUCUGGAUCAAUGCUUGAUAAUAGAGACUCCUCAGCUGGAAGACUAAUGUUGGAACUCCACGGAGCCAGGCAUUAGUUGUGGAUUACCGAAUGUUGAUAGCAGAAUAGAUAAUGCAAUUUCAUCCAUAGCCAAGCCAGUAUAGGGACCCUGGUAAAUAUUGCUGAAGCCUCUGAGUGGAAAAGUGGCUCAUGAGGAUAGGCACUGUUGAUGAAAAUGCUGACAUGACUAAUGGCCUAACAGCUUAAAGACGAGAUGUUGAAUGUUCGUCCUGGGCUUUUUAGCCUCUGCAUGUAUUGAAGAAAAUGGAAAAUGAGUCUCGAAGGAAGAACACAUAAACAAGAACAAUGACCCCAGAAUUCUGCGAGGAUCCUAUUAGAAGAAUGUAUAACUAGUGAGUGGUUUAUCGGUUUAUCUUCUCAAGAAAAAUAGAGCAGCUGACCAUGUGACAGAUUUGUAUCCACAUUUGCCUAGGAGGACUCUCCCAAUUAGCAACCUGUUGUGGAGCUUGAGAUCAGAUGAACAUCUUGUGAUUGCUUUCUUAGAUGAUAAUAUCUUUGAUUUUGCAAUAAGUGAUUUCACCAGUAAAGUGAAUAGGGAGCAUAUAACUUCCAAAAGGCGAAAGGGUGUUGCAAAGAGUUUGUUUGAGGCUGCAUAUAUGAUCUAUUGCUUAUAGGAUUGGUUGUUGCAAAGAGUUUGUUUGCGGCUGUUGUUCAUGAUUUAUUGCCCAUAGGAUUGGUUUCGACUUACACGACUAUAAAGUGCCUGUGCUGUUCAUGGUGCCUAGUGGCUACUCGCCUAGAUAUCCAGAGGAAAGCAACAAAAUCUGGGAAUUAUUUUGAAACUUUGAUCAAGUGUGUAUUUGCGUGGGAAUUUAUGUUAGAAGUUGCUCUUAAGCUUUGUGCAUAGCCUCAAAACUCUUUCUUCCUGGGUCUCUGCAUAAAAUCAAUGAAAAGUGCAUGUGCAUAUUGUCGUUCCGCUCUUAUGCAUAAAGCUUUAUAGAGUUGUCUGCUUGUCAUCUGGACAAGUUCAA